UUGGCAUAUUGCAACUCUCAGGCCUCAAGGCAGGAUGGUCCCAUGAAUCGGCAUCUCAAUCCCUAUGCAGUAUGCACCGUUGCGCAUUACGUUGCAGCUUCUAGAACAUUGUGUCUGUUUUUUCUCUGUGCCCGCGCGCGCCGCUAAGACGCGAGAGCUUGUUCACCGGCGGCAUGGGCAACACAGGGCCGCCGAGGACGACGUCGUGGUGCAGCCACUGCGGCGCGGGCCUCGUGGCGCCGCCCGGCGGGUCGAGCUCCAGCGUCCGGUGCGCGCUCUGCCACCGGGUGACGCGCAUCGAGCGGCACCGCAGCGUGGGCAACGCGGUGGUGCUGGCGCCCCCGUCGCCCCCGCGGACGCUGGUCCCCGUCAGGCGCGAGCUGCCGGCCGGCUACCCCGUGGCCCGCGGCAAGAAGCGCGCUGUCCUCGUCGGCGUCAGCUACACGGGCACCGACUACGAGCUCAGGGGCACGGUCAACGACGUGGACUCCAUGAAGAGCCUUCUCUGCGGCAAGUUCGGCUUCCCGAGCGACUGCAUCCUCGUCCUCACCGAAAAGAAGAGCGAUGACCCGUACAUGGUGCCGACGAAGGAGAACCUGCUCCUCGCCAUGCGGUGGCUGGUGGAGGACUGCGACGCCGGCGACUCGCUCGUGUUCCACUUCUCCGGCCACGGCGUGCAGAAGCUGGACACGAACGGCGACGAGGUUGACGGCUACAACGAGGCGCUCUGCCCGCUGGACUUUGAGGAGAAGGGCAAGAUCCUGGACGACGAGAUCAACGAAACCAUCGUCCGCCCGCUCCGCCCCGGCGUCAAGCUCCACGCCAUCAUCGACACCUGCCACAGCGGCACCAUCCUCGACCUCCGCUACCUCUGCCGCCUCUCCAGAACCGGGUACUGGCAGUGGGAGAACCACAACCGUCAGCCCCAGAAGCCGAAAGGCACUAGCGGCGGCCUCGCCAUCUCCAUCAGCGGCUGCAAAGACGACCAGAAGUCUGCAGAUUCCAGUGGGUUCCCCGAGUCCGCUGAGAUCGGCGCCAUGACGGACAGCUUCAUCAAGGCGGUGCAGUCGGAGCCAGGGACGACCUACGGGCGGCUGCUGGGCGCGAUGAGAGGGACGAUACGCGACGGCCAGGGAAUGGGCCGCCGCCUCCUCCCCGGCCGGGUCGGCUCCUUCGUCCGCAAGAUGGUCACCUCCAGCAGCGUGCAGGAGCCUCAGCUCUGCUCCUCCGAGGUGUUCGACAUCUACCGCAAGCCCUUUCUCCUCUGAUUCGCGUCGUGCCUCAUAGACGUUGUUGUUUGCGUGCUGCUGCUUGAGAGUUCCUGUUAACAUUGACCGGCUGUGUUCUUCAGAGUGAUUUGAUUUGCUUGUGUUACUAAUAUACUGCAACACAGGACAUGGCAAGGGCCUAUGCGAUGCUUAUGUAAACGCAAUAUACUGCAGUAAAAUUAUACGUGUUCGUGUCA